GUUGUUAAACUCCAAAAGAAGAAGACGAGGGAGCAAUAUCUGCCAACAUGGCGGACUAUAAGGAGGCGCCCUUGGCCACUCGACCAAAAACAUUGGAUCCAGCGGAAUAUUUCAACCUCUCGCAGGUUUAUAGACGAUCCGAGGAGGCACGGGCGUCACUUAAAGCGCAACUCAAGAGACAGUACCAGCUGCAGCUUAACAAUCCUCACCGGAAAGAAUUAAUCGAAGACCCAGCUCUAACACGCUGGACGUAUGCACGCUCCAAUGUCUACGCUAACUUUCGGCCGACAGCGAAGACCUCAUUAAUGGGAGCACUCUUUGGGGUUGUGCCCUUGUUCUUCUGGUACUUCGUUUUCAAGACGGACAGGGACAAGAAGGAAGAGUUGAUUAAAGCAGGGAAAUAUGAUCGCAAAUUCCAGCUUUCCUAUUGAUACUUAUAACUGAAUGGAAAACUGUAUAAAUAAAUGUCAUUAUUGCUGAAAA